UUAUAUUCUCAAUGACACACAACCUCAAAUCCAACAUGGCUGCACAGUGAGAGGAAUGCAAAACUCACAGUACAAAUGACAAAUAGUAUUGCAUAGUGGGGUUAUUUUUUAGAGUUGAAAGUGAACUCUCUGAGUCUCGAUGUUGCUGCCUCUUAGCACAGUCUGUUUAAGAAGCAGAACAAGCUUCACUGCUGCUCUUUUAACAUGCUCAAGACACAGAGCUAAUACUAAUGCUGAGGUGUCUCUCUUCAGUCAUUCUGCUGGACUUGCAGCACAGACAUGCAAAGCUCUUCUGUUCAGAAGACACGGAGACCCUUCUCAAGUCGUUCAGUUGGAGGAUGUAGACCUGCCCCCCAUAGGUGCAAAGGAUGUCCUUGUUAAAAUGCUGGCCGCGCCAAUCAACCCAUCUGACAUCAACAUGAUUCAAGGUACUUAUGCUAUCCUGCCUGACCUCCCAGCUGUUGGGGGCAACGAGGGAGUGGCCCAGGUCGUAGAGGUAGGCGGCCACGUGAAGUCCCUCAAAAAAGGGGAUUGGGUCAUUCCAAAAGAUGCUGGUCUAGGGACGUGGAGGACAGAGGCCGUGCUAGCAGAGAACAGUGUCAUCUCGCUGCCGAAUGACAUUCCCUUGUUAUCUGCUGCCACACUGGGGGUCAAUCCCUGCACUGCCUUCAGGAUGCUCUCCGACUUUGAAGAUCUCAAACCAGGUGAUUCUGUGAUCCAGAACGCAGCCAACAGUGGAGUUGGACAGGCUGUAAUACAGAUUGCUGCUGCGAGGGGAAUAAACACUAUCAAUGUCAUCAGAGACAGGCCAGAGUUCACAGAGCUCAGUGAUAGGCUGAAGGCCAUGGGAGGAACUCAUGUGAUCAAAGAAGAGGAACUGAGGCGGCCCGAGAUGAAGGAACUGUUCAAGACCUGUCCGAAGCCUAAACUGGCACUGAAUGGAGUCGGAGGCAAGAGCGCAACAGAACUGCUCCGUCAUCUACGGUUUGGAGGAUCUAUGGUGACGUAUGGAGGGAUGUCCAAACAGCCAGUUAUUGUGCCUGUGAGUGCUCUUAUUUUCAAGGACGUGAAGGUUCGGGGCUUUUGGGUCACACAGUGGAAGAGAGAUCACUCAAGAGAUGGAAGGGCAUUCAGGGCCAUGCUGGAUGAACUGUGCCGCCUCAUCCAGCAGGGAAAGCUGACAGCUCCUGGCUGCACAGAGGUGAGCCUCCGAGACUACAGCACAGCUCUGGACACAGCUAUGCAGCCUUUCACCUCAGCUAAACAGGUCUUGAUCAUGUGAACUAAACACUAUGUUGUCCUGACCAGAGUGUAAUCCCAGGACUUCCACAUUAUUGUCGGUUUGUCAAUCAAAUACGCUGCUCAAGCACAUACUCAAUAAAUGCGUCUUCACUGUCAUAACGAGAGUGUAACCCCAGGACUGCGACAUUAUUGUCGAUUUGUCAAUCAAAUACACUGCUCAAGCACAUACUCAAUAAAUGUGUCUUCACAGCAGGCUCAAAGUCCAGGAUCUGUAACGUUAUGACAUUUUGAGUUCCCCUUAAGUCUGCUGACGGUAAUUAAAAAGUCAUUCAAUCUUUAUAUAGAGAUAUGGGAUAACAGGAAGUAUUAUAGAGCGCAGAUAAUGCAGCUUUAUCUGAUAUGUCAAGACUUGUUUCUAAGUUAUAUGGGCAUGAGUAAGAGCAAUUGAUAAUCAAUCAACAGAUUUACUGUUGCAAUAAUGUUGCAUUGAUUCUUGCUGCUAAAAUAAUGUUCAACCAAUCGACAACUGUUUGAGCCUUUUCUGGUUUUAUUAAAAAGGUAAAGUUUGACAGGAAAGCUUUGGGGAAAGAAACAUUUGACAAAAGUCUGGAUUUGAUCGAGAACAUCACAGUUGAAUGAUAUGUACUUUAUCCUUUGGAGCCACAUGAAUACCACAUAGUUUUUUCUAUUGACUGGAAGUGAGGUAUUCAACCAGCACCAAUAAACCAAGGUCAACCGGCCGUACCAAAGAU